CUCAUCAGCUUGAAAUCACUCUCUCUCAUCUUUCUUCCCCGCGCAGAGUCUCUUCUCACAUUUCCAUUAUCUCCUUCUUCUCUCUCUCUCUCUCUCUGAGAAUGACUCCGAUAAAUAUCGGCGAGCACAUCAGGCUCCGACGACGAGUCAUGAACCAAACAACCCGUCAUCUCGACGCCGACGAUGAUCCGCCGCUGAGCCACGUCGUCCUUCCAGUCUCCCAACCUAAUCGAUUCUGUAACUCCGCAAUGUCUUCCUUCUUUCUCCUCCCGACUUCCUCCAACGAAACCACGAGGAAGAAACCGCUCGGUUUCCCUCAGAAAACGGCGUCGUUUCGAGGGAUGGGUUGCACUGCCGCAGCUGCCCAGGAGGUCUCCGUUCCCUCCGUGAUUCGCUCCUCCGCGGAUUGGGAUGCGAGAAUUAGAAAGGACAAGAAGAAGAAGAGGAACAAGAUGAAGACUAAGGAAAGCUACGACGACGAUUCGAUUAGCUUCUUAAGUGAGGCUAGAGACGCGAUUCCGGAUGUUUGGUGCGGUCCAGGCUUAGGAUUCUCGACGGACGCGGUGGUUGGUCGAUCCUUGGAUGCUCCGAGAAGGAGUCUUCCGUCGUCGCGUCGCAAAGUUGAUGUGGAUAAGAGCAAUUCCAGUCAGAGAGAGGGUUCUUCUGUUCUUACAAGGCGGUUUCCCUUUCCCAAUCAAGAAUCUCAUUCUCACGGUUUCUUGAACUCUUCUGAUUCGACGUUAUUGACAUCAUCACGCGCUGAACCAACCUUGGUCUCAAGUAGAUAUCAUGGCUAUCUUCGACGCCCUUACCCUGAUGAUCUUACCGAGCCAGGUAGUCAUGUUAAACACCAAAAAUGCUGUUCACUGCAGAUGAUGAUGCUCCGGAAUGGUUUUGUAAUGGGAAGGAUAACAGAUUCGCGCGAUCACUUCCACAACUUGAGGCUUGAUGUUGAUAGUAUGUCAUACGAGCAACUUCUAGAGCUUGGUGAUAGAAUUGGUUAUGUGAAUACUGGACUAAAAGAAAGCGAGAUACAUCGUUGUCUUCGAGAAAUCAAUCCCUCCGUAUCACAUACUCUUGCUGGUAGAAAAUGCAGCAUCUGUCAGGAAGAGUAUGAGAGAGAGGGUCAGGUUGGGAAAUUAGACUGUGGACACAGCUUCCAUGUCCAAUGCGUGAAACAGUGGCUAUCGAGGAAGAAUGCUUGUCCUGUCUGUAAGAAGACAGCUCAUGUCAAGCCUUAAGAGAGUAGUGUGUGUCUUGUCUUGUCUGGUUUCUGAUAUCUCAAUAUCUUUCAGUUAAUCCCUCUUGCUGUAUAGAUCCGAAUCAUCUGUUACUUGAUUCAUAUUUGUUGUUUUGUAUUUUCUUGAUCUUAUUUUCCUUUGUUGGGGUGUAUUUAUUUGAUUUUAAUACUAUUUCCAUUGCACUUGUAAGAACAAGAGUUUGUGAUCUUACGGAUUCUCCUGCAA